AUGAUCCUUUUACAAGUAGCAGCCAAGGGAGCCAAGGGAGAGGUGGAUUGGGUGAGAGACAAGAAAGGAACAAGAGCUCAGCGACCAGUCCAUUGCCUGAGCUACAUGAGAGAUGCGAGGAAUUUCGCUAGUGCAGAAGCCCGUAGAGAAUUCACAUUCAAUUUGACUUUAUUUAAAUGUCUACAGGUGCUCCUAUUGGUUCACGGAGAAUUGCGAAUAGAGACAAAAGGUCAACAUGGAGAAGAUGAGACUGCGUUACAAGGCAAAAGGAGAUAUAAACGUGAAUGGGUGAAAUUUGCCAAACCCUGCAGAGAAAGAGAAGACAACUCGAAAAGAAACCCAAUUGCCAAAAUUACUUCAGAUUUCCAAGCAACCCAGAAAAUAACCUACCGAAUUUCUGGAAUGGGAAUUGAUCAACCCCCUUUUGGAAUCUUUGUUGUUGACAAAAACACUGGAGAAAUUAACAUAACGGCCAUAGUUGAUCGCGAGGAAACUCCAAGCUUCCAGAUCACCUGUCACGCUCUGAAUGCCCUAGGACAAGACGUAGAGAAACCACUUAUAUUAACAGUUAAAAUUUUAGAUGUCAAUGACAAUCCUCCAGUAUUUUCACAAAGUACAUUCAUGGGUGAAAUUGAAGAAAACAGUGCUUCAAACUCGCUGGUGAUGAUACUAAAUGCCACAGACGCAGAUGAGCCAAACCACCUGAACUCUAAAAUUGCCUUCAAAAUUGUCUCUCAGGAACCUGCAGGCACACCCAUGUUCCUCCUAAGCAGACACACUGGCGAAGUCCGUACUUUAACCAAUUCUCUUGAUCGAGAGCAAGUUAGCAGCUAUCAUCUUGUUGUGAGUGGUGCAGACAAAGACGGAGAAGGACUUUCAACUCAAUGUGAAUGUAGUAUUAAAGUAAAAGAUGUCAAUGAUAAUUUCCCAAUGUUCAGAGAAUCUCAGUAUUCAGUACAGAUUGAGGAAAAUACUUUAAGUUCUGAGUUGAUUAGAUUUCAAGUUACAGAUUGGGAUGAAGAAUUCACAGAUAAUUGGCUUGCAGUGUAUUUCUUUACCUCUGGAAAUGAAGGGAAUUGGUUUGAAAUACAAACUGAUCCCAGAACCAAUGAAGGUAUCCUGAAGGUGGUUAAGGCUCUAGAUUAUGAGCAACUACAAAAUGUGCAACUUGGUAUUGCUGUCAAAAACAAAGCUGAAUUUCACCAAUCAGUAAUCUCUCAGUAUCGAGUCCAGUCAACCCCAGUCAUGGUUAAAGUGUUGAAUGUGAAAGAAGGAAUUAUGUUCCAUCCGGCUUCCAAGACAUUUACUGUGCAGAAAGGCAUAAGUACUAAAAAAUUGGUCAAUUAUGUCCUGGGAACAUAUCAAGCCAUGGAUGAAGACACCAGAAAAGCUGCCUCAUACAUCAAGUACAUCAUGGGACGUAAUGAUGGUGGUUUGCUAUUCAUUGAUCCAAAAACUGCUCAAAUCAAAUUUGUCAAAAACAUCGAUCGGGAUUCUACUUUCAUAGUUAACAAGACAAUCACAGCUGAGGUUCUGGCCAUAGAUGAAAACACAGGUAAAACUUCUACAGGCACCGUAUAUGUUGAAGUACCCAGUUUUAAUGAAAACUGUCCAACAAUCGUCCUUGAAAAGACAACAAUUUGUAGUUCACGGCCUUCUGUGGUUGUCUCAGCUAGAGCACUAGACAAUAAAUAUACUGGCCCCUACACAUUUUCCCUGGAGGAGCAGCCUCUAAAAUUGCCAGUUGUAUGGAGUAUCACAACACUCAAUGCUACUUCCGCCCUCCUUAACGCCCAGCAGCAGGUGUCUCCUGGAACGUACACCAUCUCGCUCACAGUUACCGACAGUCAGGACAGACAGUGUGAGACACCAGAGAGCCUGACUCUACAAGUCUGUCAGUGUGACAACAGGGACACCUGUGGAAAUUCUAACGGGCACAAAGACCCUGAACGCAUAGGUGGAGGCUCAUCAUGGAGGCUGGGACCUGCAGCCAUUGGCCUGAUCUUCCUUGGUCUUCUGCUGUUGCUAUUGGCCCCUCUUCUGCUGCUGAUCUGUGACUGCGGGAUGGGUUCUAUGGGGGGAGUGGCAGGAGGAUUUAUCCCAGUUCCUGAUGGUUCGGAAGGAACAAUUCAUCAGUGGGGAAUCGAAGGAGCUCAACCUGAAGACAAGGAAAUCACAAAUAUUCGUGUGCCGCCUAUAACUGCCAAUGGAGCCGAUUUCAUGGAAAAUUCUGAAGUUUGUAUGAAUACAUAUGCCGGAGGGACAGUGGUGGAAGGAGCUUCGGGAAUGGAACUGAGCACCAAGCUUGGAGCAGCUACAGGAUCUGGGGCCGCUGCAGGAUUCGGCACAGGCACCGGACUUGGCAUUGGUUCUGCAGGACAGUCUGGAACGAUGAGAACAAGGCAUUCCACUGGAGGAACCAAUAAGGACUAUGGGGAAGGAGCAGUAAGCAUGAAUUUCCUGGACUCCUAUUUUUCUCAGAAAGCAUUUGCCUGUGCAGAAGAAGACGACACCCAGGAAGCAAAUGACUGCUUGCUGAUCUAUGAUAACGAAGGAAUGGGUGCCCCCAGUUCUCCCGUGGGCUCCGUGGGUUGUUGCAGUUUUAUUGCCGAUGAGCUGGAUGACAGCUUCUUGGACUCGCUUGGCCCCAAAUUCAAAAAGCUUGCUGAGAUUAGCCUCGGGAUUGAUGAUGAAGCCAAACAAUCUCAGCCACCUACCCAAGAAGGCCAUUCUAGGAUUGAACCCUGUGGCUAUUCCAUAGACAUCCAACAGUCAGAAUCCGUUAGGGGCCAGCCUGUGCCAGGCAGUCAAGGAGCUUCCGCUUUGCCUGCUUCCGGCUCUGUUCUCCAGCCAGCCAUUGCCAUGCCUGACCCUUUGCAGCCUGGUAGCUAUUUGGUAACAGAGACUUACUCGGCCUCUGGUUCUCUCGUGCAACCUUCCACUACAGUCUUUGAGCCGCGUCUCACGCAAAAUGUGAUAGUGACAGAAAGAGUGAUUUGUCCCAUUGCCAAUGUUCCUGGCAACCUACAAACUCCGGCAGAGCUAUGA